AAUUUAUUAAUUGGUCGUUAGGCUCGUGAUAUGGAUCAUUAGUCUAUCAAGUCUCAAUGAAUAAACAAUCAUGAUUUUGAAUUAUUCUUCUGUGUGGUUACUUUAUACAAAUACAAUAAUGUUAUUUUUAGUUAUUUUAUUUUAUUAUUUUUGUAAUUCAACUUUUAAUUACUGGAGAAAAAGAAAUGUGCCAUUUGCUAAACCAGUGACUCUUUUUGGAAGUUAUUUUGAUUUGAUGCGUGGACGUGAAAACACUACAAACUUAUUUUUAAGAUUGUAUGAGGAAUGUAUUGGACAAAAAUACUAUGGGAUGUUUCAAAUGAGAACACCGACAUUGUUAGUGCGCAGUCCAGAACUUAUUACGCGAGUUCUUAUCAAUGAUUUUCAACAUUUCACUGAUCGUGGAUUUUCAGUUGACAUAAAUGCCACUCCUCUAGCUAAUAACCUAUUUUCCAUGAAAGGUAAGCAAUGGAAAGUUAUGAGACACAAAAUAACCCCAAUAUUCACGUCUUCCAAACUUCAAGCAAUGCAAGAACAAAUUAAAGAAUGCAGCAAUGUGCUGAUGGAAAAGUUGGCCUCGCAUCUAAAUAAUUCGGAGACCCUCGAUAUUUGGAAUAUAAUGGGAAAUUACUCUACAGAUGUUAUUGGCACUACCAUUUUUGGAAUUAAUUUAAAUGUUUUAAACGACGAAGAAUCAUAUUUUCGAAAGUUUGGUAAAGCUGUCUUUGCACCAUCACUAAGAAUAUCUAUAAAAGACAUGUGUACAUUUAUUUCGCCAACUUUAAGAAAAAUGUUGUGUAUAUCUGAUUGGCCGGUAGAAGCUAUGAAAUUUUUUCAGUGUGCAUUUUAUGAAAUUUUAGAUUAUAGAGAAAAAAAUAAUAUUGUUAGAAACGAUCUCAUAGGACUUUUAUUAAAUGCAAGAAAAGAUUUGAUUGUCAACAAAUUAGAACCUACAGUUAACUUUAAAGAAACAGACAUAAUAGCUCAAGCAUUUAUUAUGUUCGUUGCUGGAUUUGAGACAGUUUCCAAUACAAUGUGUUUCUGCUUAUAUGAACUUGCUCUAAAUAAAGACAUUCAAGAUCGUUUACGUGAAAAUAUUUCAAAUGCAAAACUUAUGAAUAGCACAAAAGACAAAAAGGAGUUCUUACAUUCUCUUAAAUACUUAGAUAUGGUUUUAUCAGAAACACUUCGUAAAUAUCCACCAUUACCUAUAAUUAUCCGAGAAGUUUCUGUACCCUAUCAACUGCCUAAUGAAAAUUUGGUAUUGCCUAAGGGCAUGAAAAUUAUAGUACCAGCCUACAGUAUACAUAUGGAUCCAGUGUAUUAUCCUAACCCUAUGAAAUUCGAUCCAGAACGUUUUAGUCCCGAAGAAAAUAAUAAGAGACAAAGUGGCAUAUAUUUACCGUUUGGUGAAGGACAACGAGUUUGUUUAGGUAAACGUUUCGCUGAAUUAGAAAUGAAACUUGCUCUUUCUGAGUUGUUAAGUAAAUAUGAAGUAUUACCAUGUGAAAAAACAUUAAUUCCGAUGACUUUUCAAAAACGAACUAUAAAUAUAGUUGCAAAAAACAACACUCUAUGGUUAAAAUUCAAGCCUAUAUGUACAUAUACAAUGUUCUCUUAUUUUAUUUCUGUUACUUAUUCUUUUUACAUUACAGUUACCCUACUUUUGAUUACAUUCUCUGCAUUUUAUUAUUAUUGUACUCGACAUUUUGAAUACUGGCAAAAAUUAAAUGUACCAUUCAUACAGCCAAUUCCGAUUUUUGGAAAUUUGUUUAAAAUGGUCAUUGGAUCCUGUCAUUAUAAAGAUAUACUUGACGAAAUUUAUAGAUAUCGUGCUGAAGAGAAAUAUGUUGGGCUUUAUCAAAUGAUGGCGCCUACGCUAAUGGUACGUGACCCAGAGCUCAUUAAUAAUAUUCUUAUUAAAGAUUUUUCUCAUUUUACUGAUCGUGGUAUACCCGCCGACAUUGAAAACGCCCCUCUCCUUAACCAUUUAUUUUCAAUGGAAGGUGAACAGUGGAAAAUAAUGAGACGUAAUAUGAGUCCAGCUUUUACGUCACGAAUGUUGAGAAACAUGUAUGAUCAAAUUAAUGAAUGCAGCGAUGAAUUAAUUGCGCAUAUCAAUAUGAAGUUAAAUAAAAUCGAUACCAUUGAAAUAAAAAGAUUUAUUGGAAACUAUUCGACCGAUGUCAUUGGAACUUGUGUUUUUGGCUUAAAACUUAAUUCUAUAGCAAAUGAAAAUACUCCAUAUCGAAAUGCUAUUAAAGAAAUAUUUAACCCUUCCACGAAAACAAUAAUAAUUCAAUUACUUACAUUUUUAAGUCCAACAAUAAAAAAACUGCUCAAGCUUAAAGAUAUACCAACACAUAUCACAGAUUUUUUCGAAACAUCUUUUCGUGAUACGAUGAAGUAUAGAAAAGAAAAUAAUAUUUUGAGGAAUGAUCUUGUACAAUGCCUAAUUGAUGCUAAUACAAAUUUAGUAAUAAAUAAAAUUGAGCCAACAGUGUCUUUCAAAGAAACAGACAUAAUCGCUAAUGCAUUUUUGAUGUUGAUUGUUGGAUCUGAGACAGUAGCAACUUCAUUGAGCUUUUGUUUGUAUGAACUAGCUCUUAACAAAUCUAUUCAAAACCAAGUUCGUGAAGAAAUAGUUAAAAGCGAACAAAAAAAUAUAAAUGGUAGUACGUUUUUAAUGGACCUUCAUUAUACAGAAAUGGUGAUAGCAGAAACCUUACGAAAAUAUCCAGUUAGUCCAAUUGCAAUGAGAAUAACAACAGCUACAUAUCAGAUUCCUGAUGAUAAAUUAAUUCUUUAUAAAGGUACAAGAAUAUUGAUACCAAUACAUAGCUUACAUUACGAUCCUAAAUAUUUUCCGGAACCAGAAAAAUUUGAACCUUUACGGUUUACGCACGAAGAAAAAAUUAAGCGGCCUCAUUGCUCUUAUAUUCCAUUUGGAGAAGGUCCUCGUUUAUGCAUAGGUAAACGAUUUGCAGAAUUGGAAAUGAAGAUGGCACUUGUUAAACUGUUAACAAAAUACGAAGUAGAACCUUGUGAGAAAACCGAAGUGCCUCUUAUAUUUGAUAAAAGAUCCAUAAUGUAUAGUCCCAUAAAUGGAAUAUGGUUGAAAUUAAAAUUACUUUGAAAAAAAUAGAUGCCUAUAUUGGUUCUACAUAUAAUAAAAAAUAGGCGCUUCAGAAAAUAUGUAAAUAAUAUAAUAACAAGUUUUGAAUUUUACAAUUUAUAAGCGGAAGUAUUUUAAUUAAUAAUUUAUUGUAUAAAAUUAUAAUAAAUAUGAUUCCUUAAUUAACUUAUUUUUGUGUUCAAAAAUAAUGAUUAUUUAUUGGCUACUUUAUAAGAAAAAUAAAAUUUAUU